AUGGUAAGGACACUCUCGAACUCACUCUCAACUUUAACGACUAACAAGUGUCAGAGCGUCGGAAUAGUGAUAUGGUUGGUGAUUCCAGCCACAAGACACUCAAGGGUGGAUCACGCCAACAACGCAGUAGCUCUCCUAGUUCUGUUCCAAUAUGUUCCAAGGCUGUUCGUCAUCUUCCCUCUAAACCAAAGAAUCAUCAAAACCACUGGUGUCAUUGUCAAAACUGCCUGGGCUGGUGCUGCCUACAAUCUCAUCCUUUACAUGCUUGCUAGCCAUGUGUUGGGAUCUACGUGGUAUCUUCUAGCCAUAGGGCGACAGUUCUCUUGUUGGAAAUCAAUAUGUGCGAAGGAAAAUGCAUCAAAAGUUCUAUCUUGCUUCCCCAGUUACUUGGAUUGUAACAGUUUGGAUCGACCCGAACGACAAUACUGGCUCAACGUCACCCAUGUCACUGCCAACUGCGAUCCGAGGAACGAAAAUGUAAAGUUCAAGUUCGGAAUGUUUUCCGAUGCUUUUACCAAUGAUGUUGCCUCCUCACACUUCAUUGCAAAGUACUUCUAUUGUCUUUGGUGGGGUCUCAGGAAUUUGAGUUCAUAUGGGCAAACUUUGGAUACGACGACGUAUAUAGGCGAGACUUUAUUUUGCAUAUCAACCUGCAUAUUUGGCUUGAUAUUAUUUUCACAACUCAUUGGCAACAUGCAGACAUGUCUGCAAUCAAUGACAUUAAGACUUGAAGAAUGGAGGAUAAAGCGAAGAGACACUGAAGAAUGGAUGAGACGUCGACAAUUGCCUCCUGAUUUGCAAGAACGAGUUCGUCGAUUCGUUCAAUAUAAAUGGCAAGCUACGAGAGGAGUUAAUGAAGAAUCCAUAUUGCGUUCAUUGCCUAUAGACCUUCGUCGAGAGAUUCAACAACAUUUGUGUUUGUCACUUGUUCGCCGUGUUCCUUUCUUCUCACAAAUGGACGAUCAGCUUCUGGAUGCCAUAUGUGAACGUCUCAUCUCAUCUUUGUGUACCCAAGGAACCUAUAUAGUGCGAGAGGAUGACCCAGUUAACGAAAUGUUAUUUAUUAUAAGAGGCCAACUCGAGAGCUCCACAACAAAUGGCGGUCGAUCUGGGUUCUUCAACUCCAUCACACUAAAACCAGGUGACUUUUGUGGUGAAGAACUAUUGACAUGGGCCUUGAUGCCAAGUUCCAGUCUAAACAUGCCUUCUUCUACUCGAACCGUCCGAGCACUCACCGAAGUCGAAGCUUUCGCCCUUCGAGCAGAGGACCUCAAGUUUGUCGCCAGUCAAUUCAAGCGCUUACAUAGCAAGAAACUGCAACAUGCCUUUAGGUAUUAUUCUCAUCAAUGGAGGACAUGGGGUGCUUGCUUAAUUCAAGUAGCUUGGAGGAGGCUGCAGAAGAGAAAAUUGGCAAAGACAUUGGCAAUGAGAGAGAGCUUAUGCUAUUUAGAUUCCAUAGAAGAAGAUCACGACUACGAUAUCGAGCUAGCCGAAGAAAAUUACGACGACGACGAUAUGUCUUCUGCAGACUACCCGAACAAAACUCAACAUCUUGGGGCCACAAUUUUGGCUUCAAAGUUUGCUGCCAACACUAGAAAAGGAGUUAAUCACAAAGGCCAAUCAUCCAAACCUUCAAGUUUGAAAAUGCCAAAGUUGUUUAAACCAGAUGAACCUGAUUUUUCUAUGUAGAUGAGGUGUUUAGUCAUCAUAUAAAUUAUAAACUAAACUCUAAAACAAAAAUGUUGACAAAAACACUAGUUAGAAAAAGAAAAUUAACAAAGCCCAUGUAAAGUUACUUGUAGAUUAGUAGUGCUAAUUACAUUUUAUUAUAGUGCAAAAUUCUCUUCUUUCUUUCUUUCUUUCU